UGCAGCAUACUGGGAGGAAUAUUCGCCUUGGUGUUAAGCCUCUCUUCUCCCUCUCGAGAGAUCUCCCCGCGAUUUCGCCGCCUGCCACCGCCGCCGCCGCCGCCAUGGCUUUCUCCGCGCGGAGGAGCCUCGCUUCCGGCCUCUCCCGCCACCUCUCCCGCCGUCUCCACCCCUCCGUCUCCCACCUCCUCCCCUCCCACCACGAUGACCACUCCGAGAACCCCUCGCCCCCCGCCCAACCUCCGCCUCUCCCCUCCGCGCUUCGCUCGCCGUCGAGAUCUCAGGCGCUCGGCCUCCCCCUCCCCUUCGGCCUCCUCCACGCGUCCCGCCGCAGCCUCUCCACCUCGCCCCGCUCCAACGACGAGCUCGAUGCCUCCGCGGAGGUCCUCUCUGACGCCGCAUCUUCGGUCUCCGUCCCGGCGGACGUCCUCGCGGACGCCGCGGCGUCUGUACCCGUCUCCGCCCCGGCGCCGUUCCCCGGGGAGGUGGCCGCGGCGGCCGCCGACUCGUUUGCACCGGUCGCCGCCCUGCAGCACCUCAUCGACGGCGUCCAUUCCUUGACGGGGCUGAACUGGUGGGCUUGUAUUGCGCUCACGUCACUGUUGAUCCGGACGCUAACUGUCCCACUGCUGCUGAACCAGAUGAAGGCUACGGUGAAGCUAAAUGCAAUGCGGCCAGAAAUUGAAGCCAUUAAUUUGGAGAUGCGAACUUCAACUGAUCCUCAGUCAAUGCUAGAGGGGAAAAGGAAAUUGGGCGAGCUAUUUCUAAGGCAUGGCGUAACUCCACUGACACCAUUGAAGGGUCUAUUCAUCCAAGCACCUAUAUUCAUGAGCUUUUUCUUUGCCAUAUCAAACAUGGUUGAGAAAGUUCCUUCUUUCAAAGGAGGCGGGAUAUAUUGGUUUACUGAUUUGACAACUCCUGAUGAGCUUUUAAUUCUCCCAAUGUUGACAUCGCUUACUUUCUUGGUUACGGUAGAGUUAAAUAUGCAAGAUGGCAUGGAAGGAAAUCCUAUGUUGAAGACGAUGAAGAAUUUCUCUAGAGUAAUGGCUGUUUUGACUAUUCCAUUUACGAUGAGCUUUCCCAAGGCAAUUUUCUUUUACUGGGUCACAUCGAACUUGUUCUCUCUUGGGUAUGGUUUUGUUCUUCGGAAGCCAGCUGUGAGGAGUUUCUUAGAUCUUCCUCCCAUCGAAACUCAGUUUGCUCCGGCUCAACAGCCGACCUUCAACCUUUUUGGUGCAUCCAAGUCAGUACCUGCAGCAGGUUCUUCUAUUGCAGAAUCAGAUCGAUCAAGUUCUGUUCUAAGCCAGCGGUUCAGCGAUCUUGAAAACAGAGCUAAAUCAAGACGUGAAUCCCAAGAUUAAUGGCUAACAGUUUUUUUUGUUUUGAUUUUUUUGGCCACGAAUGCUGAAUGCAUUUGUACCUUGUGUCUGGAGCAAAGUAUAUUCAUCGCAUACUGGUUUUGUAUCGGUAUUUGAGUUAGAGGUGGGUAUCAUUUUUGAGUCUAUGAUACCACUGCCACCCGGAGUGAAUAAACCAGAGUAACCAUGGUAUGUAAGACCGAUUUAUCUACUCUUCUAUUGGAAGGCAAUGGUGGACUAAUUCUGUUGUAUAUUUUACUUGAUGUGCUUACAAGUUACAAUGCAGUCUCUCUA